AUGUCUUCAGGAGUUAAUAAACAAAAUUCAAUAUUAAUGGAAAGAAAGUUAGUACAAGAUAUAAAUGUCGAACAAGAAGAAUAUAAAGAUUAUCCUAAAGAUGGAAAAUUUGCAAUGCUUAUAUCCAUCUGUGCGAUGCUUCUAUCAGUCUCUUCAUGGGGGGUAAACAGUGCAUACGGAAUAUUUUUAAACUUUUACUUAACCACAAAUCAAUUUCCAGGUGCAACUGAAUAUGAAUUUGCUUUAAUCGGUGGUCUAGUUGUAUUUUUGGCACAAUUUUGUGGUUCAUUAAGUAUAGUCAUAUAUAAGACUAUUGGGUUUAAGAAGACAACGAUGCUUGGAGUUGUAAUCCAAACUACAGCCUACAUCCUUUCUUCAAUUUCUACUAAAAUAUGGCAUUUAUUCUUGACGGAAGGGUUAUUAGUUGGUAUUUCAUUUUCAUUAACAUUUAUUCCUUCUACAGUUUUAUUACCUACUUGGCUAGAUAAAAGAAUGUCAACUGGAUUGGCAAUAUGUUCUUCAGGAGCUGGGUUUGGAGGAGUGAUAUUCUCGCUAGCCAUAAAUGCUUUAAUUAAUCUAACUGGCAACCAGAGAUGGGCUUUGAGGAUGUGUGCCAUAGUGACGUGUGUUAUCUCUUGUGCAUGUAUUGCAAUAAUAAGAGAACGCAGGAUUAACAAAAAGGUUGAGCCACCAAAAUUAAGUUUUCAAUUGUUUAAAGAAAAUAUGGGUCAAUCUUUAGACUUGAAGCUUUACAAAUAUUACGUAGUGUGCUUACUUUGUGGGUUUUACACUAUUGCAGUAUUCUCUUUUAUUCUACUUUUAUUCACAAUGGCUUCCUAUGCUAAGUCAAACGGGUUAAAUUAUGAUCAGUCAUCUGUAUUAACUUCACUAUUAAAUGGCUUUCAAGUUAUUGGUAGACCUUUGAUGGGGAUAACUGGAGAUAAAAUUGGACGGAUCAAUACUACAGCUAUCGUUUCAAUCACUGCCUCAUUAACACUAUAUGCGUAUUGGAUCAAUGCAACUUCUUAUGGAUCUUUAAUUGGUUGUUGCAUUCUACUUGGUUUGUGUAUUGGAGUUGGAGGGACAAUGUCACAAAGCAUUGGUAGUGAUUUAUUAAUUCUUAUUGAUGGUAAACCCGAUAGACUCCCCGCAUUAUGGUCAAAUAUGAAUAUAGUUCUGUCAAUUUUCUGUUUAGUUGCGGAAGUGAUCGCUCUAGCUAUGGUUGUGCCAUCCUCGAGCCAUCCAUUUUUACACACUCAGAUAUUUGUCGCAAGUUGCUUUAUGGUAUGUUUCAUUUUAAUGCUACUUAUAAGAGAAUGGACUAUUCGUGUGACUUUGCAGAAAAGGUUGAGCCCUAAUUGUUUAGAAAAGAUACAUAAUCAAAAAGUUAUAGAAAUGUAUCAAAGGCUCUUACAACCAAAUACUUUGAGAUUCUUGCAAAGAAUGUUUUAUCAAAUGGGAGUUUAAAAGAAACAUAAUAUCUUUUCGUCUUUGAUAAAUGAUGCACCGCUAUAGGAAUUUCUUUUGUAUUCUUUGGAGUACAAAAAUUAAACUUUGCAGCAAAAAAGUAAAAACAGAGUCAGAUUUCGGAACGGACGCUCCGACAACGUCUCGCGUAGCUAUCGGUUAGAUAACCAACAGAACGUUUUUUUAAAUGAUAAAAGACAAACCCUUACGGAAAGAGCCAUAUAGAUCGUUUAUACUCUUUGGACAAAGAUGAAUCCACUCUGUUCAGCAAAAUUAACUAUGGUAAAGGCUACCGUCUUUUUAGGUAUUCCUAGCCGAUAUCUAGCCAAGAGCUUUUGUUUGGAGACGGCUUCGCGCUCCUCACUUCGCAUUACUCGAUUUGUACGUAGGGCCGGAAUUUUCAAAGUCACAAAAGCGGUUAAACAUUAGUAAUAUGCGAGAAGAAGAGCUUCAGGCAAUAGCC